CAUCACCUCUCUCUCCCUCUCGCUCUCGCCCAAGCAGCACAUACAUAGGGCUUUGUUCCCUCCUCUCUCUCUCUCUCUCUCUCUCUCUCUCUCUCAUCGGAUCUGUCUUCUCUCCGAUCUCCCCAAUCCCCCACAGAUCGCCCACUCAAAACCCAAAUACCAAAAUAACUGUAACCAAACACACCAUUUCACAACUCAAUAACACUAACACCUCCAAAUCCUUCUCUUUUCUCGUUCCCAAUCGUUUCUUUGGGCAUUUCCAUUUCCAUUUCCAAUCAAUUUGGUUUCCUCCAAUGGAAAUGAAAUGCCCUUAGAGAAGCAGAACAACUACUAGUUCGAACAAUGACCGCCAGGAAAUGAGCAGGAACAGCAAUAUUAAGCAUAAGCACCGCAACGAAGAAGAAGAAGAAGAAGAGGAAGAAGAAGAAGAGGAGGAGGAGGAAGAACAAGAAGAAGAAGAAGAGCAUUUCUACGAAUCCCUCGAUCGCAUUGCUUCUUCGUCUUGUUCUUGUUCGGCAUCUAACUCUGACUCCGAACCUGAUCCUAACCCGACUCAUUCCAAUUCUAGCUCCAACUCUCCUGGUAAUAAUAAUAACGACCACUCAUUUCCUAUUCCUAAUUUCCCCUUAUCAAAGUACGAUGUUUGGAUCUCCGAGCCUGCUUCGGUGUCCGAGCGUCGUCAACGUUUGCUUCACCAAAUGGGCCUCAGCUCUGACCCUUCGCUUUCGCGGGUUAAACCAGAAGGUGGGGAUUUCAAUUUUAAUCGGUCGGUUUCAUCGGAUCAUUUGAGUCAGGAACGACCCAGUUCGAGUACUUCUUCUGCUGGCAUCAUCCGGUCUAAAUCAGACGGUGCUGGUUCGAGGGCGGAUCGGGCAGAUGGCGAUGAUAAGUGUAAUGAUAAUUUUAAUUCGUGUUCUUCUUCUUCUUCUUUGUUGUCUGUUUAUUCUCCUCGCAUUCUUUCAAAUGAUUUAAUUAAUGUAAAUAAAUGUAACUCCAAUUAUGACAAAAACAACAACAAUAAUGAUGUUGUUGUUGGUAGCCAAAAAACCACCAAUCUUUCUUCUCCUCCUAAAGCUAAUGCUCUUUCCCCAAAUAAGCCCCCUUCAGGUAAAUAUGGUAGAAAAAUGGAUAUGUAUCGAUCUGAUUCCACGAAUUCUAAUGGGAAUUUGAAUGGAAAUUGCUCGAGUGCUAACUUGGGAGACCUUAUUGAGCAACUAGAUUGUAGUGUGGUUGGUGGGAUUGAUAAUACUAGUACAGCAGCAACAACAACCCAAGCGUGUACUAUUAAGAAUCUCGAUAAUGGAAAAGAGUUUGUGGUUAAUGAGAUAAGGGAAGAUGGUACGUGGAACAAAUUGAAAGAAGUAGAGACUGGAAGGCAGUUGACAAUGGAGGAGUUUGAAAUGACUGUUGGGCAUUCACCAAUUGUGCAAGAAUUGAUGAGGAGACAAAAUGUAGAGGAUGGUAACAGAGAAAACCUUGAUUGCAACACCAAUGGAAGUGUUGGAGGUGCAGGUUCAAAGUUAAAAAAGAAGGGUAGUUGGCUUAGGAGUAUAAGGAGUGUGGCAAGUAGUGUGAAGGGGCAGAAAGAGAGAAGAAGUAGUGAUGAGAGGGAUACCGGGUCUGAUAAGGGAGGGAGAAGGUCAAGUUCAGCUACAGAUGAUAGCCAAGAUGUGUCAUUUCAUGGGCCAGAGAGGGUAAGAGUAAGGCAAUAUGGAAAAUCAUUCAAAGAAUUGAGUGCUCUUUAUAAGAGUCAGGAGAUACAGGCGCAUAGUGGGUCCAUUUGGAGUAUUAAAUUUAGUUUAGAUGGGAGAUAUCUAGCAAGUGCAGGUGAGGAUUGUGUGAUUCAUGUUUGGCAAGUCAUAGAGAUGGAGAGGAAAGGAGAGUUGCUGAAUGAUAAACUAGAAGAUGGAAAUUUUAACUUCUUGUUGACAGCAAAUGGGUCACCUGAGCCUUCUCUGUUGUCACCGACACCAGAUGGUCAUUAUCAGAAGAAGAGGAGAGGGAGACCAUCUAUAAGUAGAAAAUCUCUAAGCUUGGACCACAUUGUUGUCCCAGAGACCGUGUUUGCACUUACAGAUAAACCUAUUUGUUCAUUUCAAGGACAUCUAGAUGAUGUGCUUGACCUUUCAUGGUCCAAGUCUCAGCACCUGCUUUCUUCUUCAAUGGAUAAAACAGUGCGUCUAUGGCAUUUGUCGAGCAAGACUUGUUUGAAAGUAUUCUCACACAGUGAUUAUGUAACUUGCAUCCAGUUUAAUCCUGUCGAUGAUAGAUACUUCAUUAGUGGAUCCCUAGAUGCAAAGGUUCGCAUAUGGAGCAUUCCUGAUCGUCAAGUUGUUGAUUGGAAUGAUUUACAUGAGAUGGUCACUGCUGCUUGCUAUACUCCAGACGGUCAGGGUGCACUUGUUGGUUCAUACAAGGGAAGCUGCCGUUUAUACAGUACAUCUGAGAAUAAGUUGCAACAAAAGUGCGAAAUUAAUCUGCAGAAUAAGAAGAAGAAGUCUCAUCUAAAAAAAAUCACUGGAUUCCAGUUUGCACGGGGAAGUUCAUCAGAAGUGCUCAUCACAUCAGCAGAUUCUCGAGUUCGAGUUAUUGAUGGUGUUGAUCUGGUUCACAAGUUCAAAGGGUUUCGUAAUACCAACAGCCAAAUCUCAGCCUCUCUUACAGCCAAUGGAAAAUACGUAGUCUCUGCUAGUGAGGAUUCUUAUGUAUAUGUAUGGAAGCAUGAGACAGAUUCUCGAACUAGCAGAAGCAAAGGUGUUACGAUUACGCGUUCAUAUGAGCAUUUCCACUGUCAAGACGUAUCCAUGGCUAUUCCAUGGCCUGGCAUGGGUGACACAUGGGGAAUACAAGAUACUUAUCCUGGAGAACAGAAUGGCCUCGAUAACCAUCUCGAUGAGGUAUCUGUUGCCAAUCAUCCUCCUACCCCUGUUGAAGAAUUAAGCGGUAAUGAAGGAUCACAAUCAUUAUCAGGGUGCACGAACAGUCCACUCAAUGGAAUUAUUUGCAGUGCAACCAAUGGUUAUUUCUUCGACAGAAUUUCUGCAACAUGGCCAGAGGAAAAACUGAAUUUAGCCACAAGAACUUGGAGUCCCCGCACUAGUGUGGAUAUUUCGAGCGGGAUGAGUCAAAAUAUGUCAGCUUAUGGUAUGGUUAUUGUAACUGCUGGUCUUCGAGGGGAAAUUAGAACAUUUCAAAAUUUUGGAUUGCCUGUUCGAAUUUAACGUCCGAAGAAAAGGUAAAGAAAUGAUGGUGGGCAAAUUGAAUUGGCAAAAGUAGUACAGUAGAAAGUGUUUCUCCAUGGUUAAAUGUGUACAGAGAGAUAUUUGGUGAGAUAUGUAAUAUUUAGUGAGUUUCAGUUCUUUUCUUGUGCUUAUGCUCAUCGGAUGUUGAGUGCAGAUGGAUAACAUCCAUUUCCGGUUGAGCAUUUCAGAAAAAAUUAUAGAUUUGUUAAGAAAAAAAAAAGGAAAAAAAAAAAAAAUACACCUUGAAUUUAGAUACCGAUGUAUUUCUCGUGUCGGGAAUUGUAGAGUUAUGAGCAUGGCAAAAGCUUAUUGAAUUAAAAUGAAAUUCUUUUACAUUCGUUCUCAA